UUUUAAUUAAUCAUAAUUUUUUUUAUACAAUUUUUUUUUAAUCUUAAGUGUUAUUAAAUAAAGAAAUAAAUAAAAGUUGUACUUGAGCUACACGGAGAUUUCUUCUACAAGAUGGUGAAGAUUAUUCUCAUUUUAUCGACUUUUUUAACAACAACGAUAGCCGAUGGAAUCCCUCGCGCAAUGUCUACGACUUCGAAAGGCCCCUCGAUGCGAGAUAGUUUAAAUUACCCGAUUCAUGUGUACGAAGGAGACGACGCAUUAAUAACGUGCGUCGUGAAAAAUAUCGGAGAAAACUCGGUUAUGUGGCGCAAAGAAGACCGGGAACGUCACAGUAGGACCGUUUUAACAGCCGGUUCAACGAGGGUUACCGCCGAUAAGCGAUUCUCCGUACUCCACGAUUCAGCUCCAGCUCAAGAAAGUUGGGAAGUAAGAUCAGGCGGUGAUGUUUGGGUUUUGGUUAUUAAAAGUGUAAAACCAAGUGAUUCGGGGAUUUACGUGUGCGAGAUCAACAGCAAUCCAAUUGUUAGGAGUUUCCACAAAUUGAGCGUUUUAUCCAAGGAUCUACAGCCACCGCAAAACGUCACCUCAGCCAUUUCCGAGGGAAGUUUCGACGAUUUGAAGCCGCCCGUUUUUAGUAGCCUAAACCACAAUUACACCGAUUGCUGUUUAUCGAAAAAUGUUACCGUUAAUUGUUUGGGUUUUUGUAACAUCCAAAGUAUUUUGGAGGGAAGUACAGGGCAAGAUCCUGAACAUUGUGAAAUCGAUUUUCCUUCGAUCGUUAAAUGCAUGGCUGAUGGGAGAAAUCAUGUUCCUUGUUGUAUACAAGAAAGAGUGCCGGAUAUUUGCCAAGAUGUUUGUCGAGGAGAAUACACCGCGAUUACAAAUAACAUUAAAACGCAUUUUUCUUGUUCCGCGUAUACCGAGCAAACUUUAGCUUGUAUUAUCGAAGGAAUUGAACUUUUACCCAAAUCGCCGGAAAACCUCGAAGUUGAAGCGAUAACCGAAAAAUCGAUCAAAAUAACUUGGUCAAACCCCCCGGAAAACAACGAAUCAUUCCCGACUUACACCGUUAAUAUAACAGCAUUAAAAAAAUUCGAUCCUCACAUUUCCGAGUCGAACAAUAACACUCAAGAGACGAUUUUAAUUAAAGUUCCCGCCCAUCAAAAUCAAACUUUAGUUAAUAACCUCAAAGAAUUUACAAUGUACGAAAUCACGGUGUUCGCGACGAAUAACCACGGAAGUAGUUUGCCGACUUAUUCAGUAAGGGCAUUAACUUUAACUCCGGAUACGCGAAAAAACGGCGGAAGAAUUCCCCAAUUACCCGAUACGAGAAAAUGUUGUUCCGACCGGGGAAUAACCCAAAAAACGUGUUUAAAUAAAUUAUGCGACCCCUCGAUUAUUGACGUCGCGGAAAUUACGGAUUAUAUGAUUUGCGCCCCGUGGGCGCCCACGACUUUUAGUUGUUUAGCCGAUAAAUUAGAUCACACCGCGUGUUGCAAAGAACGGGGUUUACCCGAAAAGUGUCAACAGUUUUGUUUGGGAAAUACGACGGUUAACAUCGAUUUUAACGUUUUUAAAUGUUUCCGGUAUAUGGGGGAAUACAAAAAUUGUUUGUUCCAAGGAUACGGGGUUUUACCAAGUCCCCCCACUCAAGUUCACGUCACUAACAUCGACACGGAAUUUGCUAUUUUGCAUUGGUUUACGCCGAAAUCUUUGGGUGACACCGUUUUGUACUACAACGUUAAAUUUAGGAUGUUAACGACGUACGAUAAUGAGUAUAGGGGGUUGUAUAAAGUGCAUAGUCCCUAUAUUUUGGAAGGAUUAGAAAGCGAUAUGGAUUACGAGUUUUUUAUCGAAGCUGUUAAUGCGCAUGGAGUUGGGGAGCCGAGCGUUAGGAUUAAUUUUAGGACUGGAAGUAAGGUAAUCGAAGAAGAAAUCGAGCAAUCCUUAACAUACAACGUCACGGAAUGUUGCAUCGAAGCAGAUUUAAGCGACCACUGCCUCCCAAUAUGUUCUUACAACGCGAAUAUGACCGAUAUUAAAACUCUCGCUGGAGUUUGUGCGUCGGAAUUCCAUAAAAUCGUGCGAUGUGGAGCUGGUGGAAGAAAUCAUGGUUCUUGUUGUUCCAGGCGUGGGGUUCCCCCAGCUUGCGUUUCGUUAUGCUCGGGAGUUAUCGUGGAUUCUUUGUUGUUAACAGCAACUACGUGUAUGCCGUACAUCGGAAAUAUAGCUUUGUGUUUUGAGGAAGGUACCGGGAAAUUACCUGGACCAGUUUCUGAUUUACACGCGGAUGUUUUAGAAGAUAACUCGGUUGUGUUAGAGUGGGAACCCCCGACGGAUGGGAGUCAAGUUAUCGAUUAUGAGAUUCAUUACCAAAAAGUUGAUAACAUGUCGAUACAUGAAACUUUAUUAAAACUAGAUCAUCAAUUAAACGUUACAGAAACUUCAAUUAUUUUAAAAGACUUAGAAGUUGAUGGGUUGUACCAUAUGUUUGUGGUUUCGCGGAACAAAUUUGGAACAUCUCUACCGUCUUCUAUGUUAAUGAUUAAAGUUAGAAGAAAUUUGCAAGUUAAUGGAGUUACUUCCCCGCCUCAUUCUUUAGCCGUUGCGAGUCAUAGUGCAACUUGGGUCACCAUUUCUUGGCAACCCCCCGAGUUUAGCCACCCAUCAGAAAGAAUCAUUUACAAUUUAUUUUAUAAAUCAUCAUCAGAGGAAGCUUUUAAUAUCACAAACACAACAGUUACAACUCACAUGAUCGAUGGAUUAUCCCCAAACACUCAAUAUAUUGUUUAUGUUAAAGCCAUUUCGAAAAAAGGGGCGAGCUUACCAUCGGAAACUUUAAUCGCUUGGACCGAUCCCGCUUAUCCAGCGUUUGUCGAACCUCCAACCGUUCAUCCAAUUAAUUUAGUCAUCGAAGGAAGUAGUAUGACCAUUCUUUGUAUUGCUAUGGGGACUCCCAUGCCGACAAUUUCAUUGUAUAUCACCGGGCGAUUGGUUCGACAAGAAACAACUCGUCAUAUGGUGACUGUUGUUCAUAAUGUUACAAGAGAUAUGGAUGAAAUUUCUUGUUAUGCCGAUAAUGGGUAUGGUACACCGAUGCAAGCUUCAAAAAAGAUUACAAUUAGUCAUCUUCCUCACAUUCAAGCUUCCGGAAUAACAAUGGCAGCAUACGGAGAUACGGUUCUAUUAGAAUGCAAAGUGGAUGCCCACCCAGAACCAAAAAUGAUUUUCUGGCAAGACCACGAAGAUCGAAAACCAGUUAUCCAAGGUGGAAAAUACGACAUCCUCAUAAACAAAGCAAAAGACAAAAUCGAUAACUUUAAAUACAUCAUGCAACUAACAAUCAAAAACAUAGUAGAUACCGAUGUUGGAGAUUAUUUUUGCCACGCCGAAAACGCCUUUGGAAGCUCAACCCAACCAGUUUCCGUUCGAAUACGUCAUACAGCUACUGUAACAAACAUAACACAAUGUUGUAUUGAACAUAACGUUUCAACUUUAUGCAUGGAUGCGUGCUCUUUUUAUUUAGACAUCGAUGCGGUUAUAAAUAAAUUAGAAUGUGUUAAUGAUUUUGAUAAAUUAAUUAAAUGCGCUGCUGAUGGUUCGGAUCAUAGAAAAUGUUGCGCGGACCAAGAAGUUCCAAGAUCUUGCUUAGAUUAUUGUAGAGGUGAUCCAAAAUCAUCUAACAAAGCUUGCGUUUUAUCAUACACAAAGCAAAUAAUGAAUUGUUUCCACGAAAAUAAAGAUUUAUUACCGGGGCCACCUCAAAAUGUUAAAGUUGAAAAUUUAGAUUCGAAAGCUAUCCGAAUUUCUUGGUCACCCCCGGUGAAGAAUCCCCACAAAACCGAAAUGUAUAGGGUGUAUUGGAAAUUAGAGGACGAUUUAACAUCAAAAAAAGAAGACACUAAAGAUAAUUUUAUUAUCUUGAAAGAUUUAGAGGAAGAAAAAACUUACGAAUUCGUCGUUAAAGCGAUUAAUCACCGUGGAACUUCGAUUUUAAGCGAAUCAAUUAAAUUUACAGUUGAAGAUUCUCAAUUAACUUCAACGAGUUUAGAGAAUUCGUCUCACGUCGGAGUGGCAAUUGGGGUUAUUUUAGCUUUGAUUGUAGUUGGGAUGUUGAUUUUUGGUGCUUUUUGGUUCGUUCGAACGAAAAGGGGGGCGAAAAACCAAGGAGGGGUUGCUUUUGAGAAUCCUAGUUAUUUAAGGGAAGUUAAUAUGGAUCAUAUUCAAAGUCAAACCGAUUCCAGUUCUAUGGUUAAUGGAAUUUCUUCGGUUUCUGCAACUUCCGGGUGGAAACACGAACCGUUACACGUUCCAUCUUCACACGAAGUUAACCCAACUUUAUACGAAGAAUUAAAACUUGGGCAAGAUGGGGUUGGAUUUAAAAGAUUGAAACCAUAGCGAAAAAUUUUUCCGAAAGAAUCUCGAUUUUAAUAAUUUAAUUAAUUUAAAAUGAAACGAGAUUUCUUUUUUU